GCUCUGUGCAAGGGCUGCCGGUGUCUGGAGCUGGACUGUUGGGAUGGGCCAGGCCAGGAGCCGGUCAUCUACCAUGGCUACACCUUCACCUCCAAGAUCCUGCUGAGCGACGCGCUGCGGGCCAUCCGGGACUACGCCUUCAAGGUGUCCCCAUACCCCGUCAUCCUGUCCCUGGAGAACCACUGCAGCCUGGAGCAGCAGCGUGUGAUGGCCCGGCACCUGCGGGCCAUCCUGGGGCCCAUGCUGCUGGACAAGCCACUGGAUGGGGUGACCACCAGCCUGCCCUCGCCCGAGCAAUUGAAGGGGAAGAUCCUGCUGAAGGGGAAGAAGGUCGGGGGGCUGCUGGCCCCAGGAGGGACGAGUGGCUCGGAGGCGGCAGACGUAUCAGACGAAGAUGAGGCCGCGGAGAUGGACGACGAGGCCGUGAGGAGCCGCGUACAACAUAAGCCCAAGGUUAUUUCUGGACAACAGCUGCCAAAAGUCAAUAAGAACAAGAAUUCCAUCGUGGACCCCAAGGUGACGGUGGAGAUACACGGCGUGGGCCGGGACAUGAGCAGUCGCCACACGGCUGUGGUCACCAACAAUGGCUUCAACCCCUGGUGGGACACAGAGUUUGAGUUCGAAGUGGCGGUGCCGGAGCUCGCCCUGGUGCGGUUUAUUGUGGAGGAUUACGAUGCCUCCUCGAAGAACGACUUCAUCGGCCAGAGCACCAUCCCCUGGGGCAGCCUCAAGCAGGGCUACCGUCAUGUCCAUCUCUUGUCUAAAAAUGGGGAUCAGUAUCCAUCAGCCACGCUCUUUGUGAAGAUCUGCAUCCAGGACUAGAGUUGGGGUCUUGGGGUUUGCCCUGAUUGGACCAGGCCUUGCAUCUGUAGUUAGGGCAAGGUCAGUGUGACCUUGGAUCCACAGUUAGGGCAAGGACACUGUGACUGCAGAUUCACAUCCGGGACAAGGAUGUGAUGACCACAGAUUCACACCUGGGACAAGGAUGGUGUGAUCCUGGAUCCACGCCCAGGGCAAGGAUGGUGUGACCACAGAUUCAUACCUCGGACAAGGAAGGUAUGAUCCCAGAUCCACACCCAGGCCAAGGAUGGUGUGAUCCCAGAUCCACACCCAGGCCAAGG